AUGCCAAAACUCUGUGAGCUUACACCUUUUGAGCGUAGAGAAAUUGUAGGUUUAUCAAAGGGCGGACAUAGCAUAAGAAACAUUUCAGAAAUUCUUGAUAAACUAAAAUCUACUUUCUAUGAUAUAAUUACAAAGUACAAUAAAGAAAACUGCACUGAUACUGCAUCUAGGAGUAGUAGACCUCCAGCUUUAUUAGAACAAGAUAAAC